AUGUUAUUAUUAUGCAUAUCAAACUAUUAUUGUUUUGAUGACCACUAUAAUACUUUGAAUAAACGUGGUCAAGAGUUAAUACUUUGCCGAAAAUGUGGAAGUGACGUUAUGGAUUCACAUUUUAUCUUUACUAAACUUAGCCCCGGCGCACGAAAAAUUGAAAAGCAUAAUUUGUUCGGUAGGGUUAAUGUAACAGUGCAAACAUUAGUAAACCCAUAUGGCAUUAACUUUGACAUUGUUACUUCGGAAAAAGCGAGAUGUAGAAAUAUAGGACCAGAUCAAGGUGCAGAUUCUUGGUAUCCUGGAUACACAUGGCAAAUAUGCACUUGCCCACAUUGUGGACAGCAUCUAGGCUGGACAUUUAAAAGUAAUAAAGAAGUGUCUAAAGAUAACAUUAGUUCUUUUCAUGGAUUAAUUGUAAGCAACAUACUAGGAGAGCACUUUACAGAUUCACUUAUAAUGAUGCCUAAAAUACACAGAAUG